GCAGUGCCUAACGCCGGGUAAGGCUCCUGCCAACCUCCAAGACGCUACUUUCCUGCCUUUUCUGUGUUCUGCAUCCAAAAUUGCAAAUACUCCGUUCAUCUUGGGCACAAGUAGCGCUCCUUUUCUUUUCUACCGUUCCAUAUGGCUGAUCUUCCCGUAAUUGGAAUUUACAAAGUCCUAUAUGGAUACACAGCACAAAACGACGGAAGCACUGGAGACGAUGAUCCUCUGAACAAGGAACUGUCUAUAGAAGAAGACGACCUUUUGUGUCUUCUGCAAAAAGGUGAAGAUGACUGGUUCCUCGUGAAACGGAACGUUCAGAACCAAGACGGCCAGGGUGAAAUUGGCAUUGUGCCGUCAAAUUACAUUGAGGAGGCUCAACCUGCAGCUUCUGUUUCUGCUCUGUAUGACUACGCCAAACAGUCUGUCGACGAACUGGCUUUUGCUGCUGGUGACGUCUUGAAUUUGUACGGGGACUUGAAUAGCGAUUGGAUUCUUGCAGGCUGCAAAGGCACCUAUGGCUUGGUUCCUAGCAACUAUCUCGAUAUGCAGGCAGCUUCGAGUGGUGCUGCUGCUCCUGCAGAACGAGGAGCCGUUUCUGGCCAAGCUCCGUCACAGCAACCGGUGGCACCGGUGCCGACGCCUGCUCCAGUUGCAGCACCAGCACCUGCUCCGGUGCCAGUACAAGCACCAAUUCCAGUUCCACCUCCUCCAGCACCGGCUGCUGCUCCAGUUGCGGCUCCAGUUGCGGCUCCCGCUCCGCCUCUGCCUCCAGCAGCACCAGCACAGACAAUGAAGGCUCCUCCGCCGCCUCCUCCAGCAGUUCCGCCGGCACCUUCAUCUUCUUCGUCUGCUGCUCAAAACUUGGCUCCUCCUCCUCCACCUCCGGUGCCACCUAGUGCUCCCGCUGCCCCUGCAGCACAAGCACAAGCACCAAUGCCCUCAUUGCCGCCUCGUACAGCGGCUCCAGCAGUGACGCCUGCCAGUGCUCCGGUUAAUCCUACCACAUCCGUGCUCCCUCCUCCCCCUCCUCCACCCCAAUACAGUGCUGCUCCCAAGGAGCGUGUGAGUGAAGAACAGGUUUCGUCGCAGAGAGCUCCAAGUUCUCCUACCGAUGCUUAUGGAAACCCAAAUGAUCAUUUCCGCUUGCACGGUGACGAUGGGCUUUCGUCUCCGACUCCUGGUGAACCAGACAUGCCUUUCAAAAAAUGGGAUAUCCAGGAAGUUGUAGGAAAGAAAAAGAAGCGUUCUGGACAGCUUGCGAUUAACAACAAGCAAAUCGUUUUGACGUUUAAGAAAUCGUUGGAUCCUUCUCAAAGUUGGUCAAUUACGGAUUUGAUCACCUAUUCUUCUGAGCGUAAACAUGUCUUCAUUGAGCUGCAUGGGCUGGGCGGAGAAAUUGUUUCGCUGCACUUGCAUGCUGGGAGUGCCUCUAACGCUGAAAGUAUAAUACAAACGCUGGGUGACGCCGCCGGUACUCUUCGAGCUGCGGGUCUUCGUGAAAUUGCUGCGGCUAGUGGCUCGCCGCUUCCCAAUUUACCUCCUGAUUCCGCACUUGAUCGCUUGAACCGGGAGGGUGAAACUCGUGUGCGUGCCUCUUCUUCCUCAGAAAUCUUUAAGACCAAUAAGUCUGGACGCGGUGAUGAGGAUUACAACCCCGCAAAGGGUGAGCGGUUGGCUACGGUUCUUUACGACUUUGAAGCCGAGGAGAGCGACGAGCUUUCUGUGCGAGCUGGCAUGCGCGUGGUCAUUAUUAAUGACACAGCAAGUAGUGACUGGUGGAAGUGUCGUUAUGGUAAUAAGGAAGGCGUUGUUCCUAGCAGCUUCUUGGAAGCAGACAAGCCAUCAGCUGCUCAAGCCGGCGACACUCAGUCCCACAGACAUGAAUCUGGCUCCUCUAACCGCAAGAGCUCUUCUCGUCGCCAUUCUGUGUUGAAGCCCGACUUGAGUAAGCUUCGUACGUGGACGGAUAGAACGGGUGCUUUCAAGGUCGAGGCAGAAUUUAUCGGAUUCAGUGAUGACAAGCUCCAUUUGCAUAAGGCAAAUGGCGUAAAAAUUUCCGUUCCCAGCAACAAGAUGUCUUUAAGAGACCUUGACUAUAUUGAGCUGAUAACCGGAAAGCAAGUUUAUGACCGAGGUGAGGCAAAUGCUUCCUCUUCUAAGCCUGCUGAACCUCUUAAUGAUGAUGCUCCCCCUCCCAAGCCAGCACGUCCCCGCCAACGCUCGCGAGACGAGCAUGAAGAACUGUCUCGCUUCAACCCUAAGAAGGAGCCUCACAAGGUGGAAAUUGUCACUGAGCAGCCGAAGCCUAAGUAUGAUUGGUUUGACUUUUUCCUUCAAUGCGGUGUUGACUUUAGUGUUUGCAACCGUUACACUCGUAAUUUCCAGAAUGAAAACUUCGAUGAAGAAUGCAUUCCUUCGUUGAAUGAAACAACCCUUCGAACGUUGGGCCUGAAAGAGGGUGACAUUAUUCGCGUGAUGAAGCGGGUGAACGAAUUGCGUGGUACUCCCGUUCCCACAUCUGAGCCUGCUUCCUCAGAAUCUGCUGUACCCCAUACCGAGGCUGUUGUUCACAAUGUGAUGACUGGAAAACCUCAGCCUGAUAUACCAAUUGGUGCUACUCGCAGAUCCCCCACACAGGAGAUGGAGAAAGGCCAUUCCGUGGAUGUUAAUGUACAACAACCCGCUCCACAAUAUACUGCUUCCGUUAAUAAGCAGGUUGCUGCCGCUGCUCCGGAGCCUACUAAGCCUGUGCAAGAAAAGUUUGACGAUGACGCCUGGGCAGUUAAGCCGAUUACGGAGCCACCUUUGCGUACAUCCUCUGUGCAAUCGGAUCCCAUGAGUUCUGUUGCCCAGGGCAUGAAGAGUGUGUCUCUGGGCCCUAGUGGUCGGGAGCUUCCUUCUGGUGUAAAUGCUUAUCCGGAGCGUCCAAAGUCUGCACCAGUUCCUGACGAGGCGAAGAACGUUCAGGCUCGCGAGAAACCUCUGCCUAGCAUUCCUGAGGGUGGACAAAAUCCCGUUGCACCUCAACCAACUGGCAUUACAAUUCAAAAUGCCUACUUUACAGUUCCACCUUCUAUGGUUGCUGAUCCGUUCCAGUCACCUUUGUAUGUUCAGCCAACUGGAUUCAACCCUCCCAUGAAUGCUAUUACAGCUCAAAAGACAGGUUUAACUGCUGCGAACAUGAUGAUGCAUCCUCAGGUUACAGGUGCUAUUCAGCAAAUGGUUGCUCAACGCACUGGUAUGCCAGUCCAGAUGACCGGCGUUGCUGUUCAACCUACUGGAAUGCAACCAGCUCAAAUUCCUGUUCAGCGUACUGGUAUGGUCGUGCAACAGACUGGUAUGCCUAUCCAACGUACAGGUGUGCAACAACCCCUCCAAAUGCCAGUUCAACGCACUGGUGCUGCUGCCCAAGCGUACGGUAACACUGUUCCGCCUGUUUCCAUGCAAUUGCAACCUACUGGGAACUAUGCGCCAAUGCAACCAACUGGUUAUGCCACUGAAAAUACUGGUCUUUAUUCUCAGCCUACUGGUUACGUCGCACAAACUCCCGCGUACCAAGCGCCCACUCCUUCAGUCCAAGCACAACCUACGGGUUAUGCUGUUUAUGGUCAGUCUACUCCAUCAGUUGGCAUGCAGGAUGCUUCUAUGAUGUCUGCACCUGCUCAAAAUUAUGCACCUCAAUAUGCAGCAGGUGUCGACUAUAAUGGUGGGGCUUAUGCUGCGCAACCAACGUAUGGCUACGAUGCGAAUGCCGCUGCUGGAAUGGGAGUUUAUCCUGAUCAACAACAGGUUUAUGAUGGUGGUUACCAGCAGAUGAAUAAUUAUGGCGGAUAUUACCCUGACGCCCAGCAACAGCAGCAGAUGGGUUACAAUAAUUACAAUGCACCAUAUGGCCAGCAGCAACAGAUGGAUUACAUGAAUCCCCAACAGUCCUACGACUACAAUGGUGCUGCGCAAAUGCAGAAUUAUGGUGGCUAUGAACAGAAUGCUACAUACCUGACGCAAGCAUCUCCUUAUGACCCUGUUAACAAUCCUUCUUUAUACAUGCCUAACGGCCAGCAAAACCAACAGAUGUAUGGCGACAGUGCGCCUAACUACGGAGCAUAUGCCUCUUCUAAUCAACCAGCAGCAAAGACGGGUCAACGUGCGAACAUCUCACAAGCGACUCCUGAUAAUCCGUUUGGCUUUUAGGUAAUCCUCGCUGAUAAAUUGACACAUUGCGUGUUCCCCCUUUGUCCAUCACCCUUUCCUUCGUUGAGUGCUAUGCUACGUUCGUUAAUAUUGCGUCGUAACAAGCUUUUUUGAUCAUUGAUAUAAAGACGAAAAUGACCAGGAUGCUACGUCUUACCUUGUAUUUAAUGCUUUCCAUAUGUCUGACGUUUCGGUAGACAUGGUAUAUUCUGAAACUACACUCCGUACUAGUCUUUGACUCGUUAUGUAUUCCUCUGCAAUCAUGUCUUACACGGCGUCAUACUACAGGCUCAUUUUCAUUUCUUUCUACCGUACUUUAAUUCCAUUCUAUG